CCAAUAUUGUUAUAAUUCAUAGGUCAUGUAGGAAAGAAAUUUUUAAAAUCAAGAGAAAGGAAAGCAGCUGCGCUUAAAAAAAGAAGGCAGUUGUUUCCUAAGAAAAAAUUGUUUUUGAAAAAAUCGCGCGGUGCAGAUGAACAUUACGGCUUAGCUGAACCUCUUCUAGAUGAAUACUCUUUACAUGACAUCGAAGAGAAAAAAACAUAUUUUUUGCAUUCAAUCACAUUGAAUGAAAAUGCAAGGCAACAGUUGGAGUUAGAAACAAGAGAACAAGCAGCAUGUCAAAAAUGGCAUAUUGAACGAAAAAACCGUAUUACUGCUUCUAACUUUGGCCGAAUUUGUAAACGAAGAUCAACAACCUCGUGCAAGUCUUUGGUUUAUGAUUUAUUGUACAGAUAUUUUUCUUCAGCCGCAACUGACUAUGGAAAAACAAUGGAAUCAAUCGCUAUACAAUGUUUGGAAACUACAUUAGGCCAAAAAGUUUCUUCUUGCGGUCUAAUAGUUGAUCAAUCUAUUCCAUACUUUGCUGCUUCACCAGAUGGACUGAUUGGAGAUGACUGUCUGGUCGAAAUUAAAUGUCCUUAUUCUGCUAAAGACCAUACAACCAUCAUUGAUGCUAUAAAUGACAAAAAAAUUAAAUGUCUUAAAAUUAAUAAAAAAUCAAAUGAACCAGAAUUAAAGAGAACUCAUGAUUAUUACUAUCAAAUUCAAGGGCAAUUGCAUAUAACCAAAAAAAGUUAUUGUUAUUUUGUUGUAUUCUCUGAAAAUUGGAUACACAUUGAAAGAGUUGUAUAUAAUGAUGAAUUUUGGCAAAACGAAAUGUGCACUAAGUUAAAAAGGUCGGUAUUCAAAAUAUUAUUAUUAUUAAAAAAUAGUAAUAAUAAUAAAACUAUUUUUAUAGUAUUAUUACAAAUAAAACACUACCUACAUGAUUAUUGAAUGU